GAGGCCGUCCGACGGGUUUGUUUGUACUCAGAGCUGCUGAUGGGGUGGUGCUAAAGCUUCCGGUCUGGGGACCACGCUUGGAGGAUGUCCAAAGACGCGGAGCAGCGGGAAUCGGUUAGAGGAGCGACGGCAGAGAAGACGCAAGUUUCAGGGAUUUUGAAAUACUUAAUAAUUCACUGGAAGUGUGAAACAGCAGGAGUACCUAAGGGAGCCUUGGUAGAAGGACAGCUAGUGAUUUCCAUAGAAGCAUUAAAUUCUAAGCACCGGACAAACACUCUUCAUUGUGUAACAACUAUUGCUUCUACAGGAAGCAUUUAUGAUGGUUUGAUCCUCAAGAAGUUCCUGAAAGAAAUACAGUCUAUGCUGCAUGGAUUCUCUGCAAAGCUGAAUUGGACUUCAGAAGAAGCCAGCUAUUUUCAGGACACAUCGAGGGUAUCAAACGUCCAGAUGAUUUGUGAGGUUGAUGAAAAGCCCAGAACUUUGAUGACAGAUAGUCUGGUUAUAAAGAAUUUUUUACACAAAAUCAGCAUAGUACAACCUAAGAUUAAAUUUAAUUUCAGUGUAAAAAUGAAUGGAAUCUCCUCCAUAGAGAUGUUUGGGGUACAGAAUGAACCCACUUUGAGCCUGUGGAAUGGAAUUGCUCUUGUUGUAAACUCUCAGCAUUAUGUGAGUAGGGCAAAAUUCGGUACAACUGAGUUACUGUGUGGCAGAAUCCACCCUGUGCUAGGAUAUCCAGUACCGCUUUUUAUCCCUGAUGGUGUGCCUGGCCUGGGCUUGCUGGGAGAGCUGACGCUGACUCCAGCUGCUGCGCUGUGUCCCUGCCUGGAGCUCUUUUCCAGCCAGCAGAAUAGAAUUUCUUCAGUUUCCAUAUUUUUAUAUGGGCCUUCAGGUCUGCCUCUAGUAUUGCCAACUCAGGAGCAGCCAGCUACUGCUGUCUUCAAAGAUACUUCUUAUUUCAUCAAUUGGAAGAAACACCACUUAUGUAUGGUGCCCAAUUUGGAUCUCAAUUUGGAUAGAGAUUUUGUUCUUCCAGAUGUGAGUUAUCAGGUGGAACACAGUGAGGAGGAUCAGUCUCAAAAUAUGGACCCUCAAGGACAAACUCUGCUGCUUUUUCUCUUUGUGGAUUUCCACAGUGAAUUUCAAGUCCAGCACACAGAACUCUGGGGGGUCCACAGUUGGCUCGCAGCUCAUCUCAGUGCUGUCCUCGUGGAGAGCCACAGUGCGGUGCAGGCUUCUCUGCAGGGCGCCGUGGACCAGGCCUUGGAGCAGCACCAGCAGGCUGCCCAGAUUUGUCAGAAACUGCAGGCCUCACUCUCGGUGGCUGUGAAUUCCAUCAUGAGUAUUGUGACCAGCAGUACCAGCAGCAGCUUCCGAAAGACCUGUCUCCAGGCCCUUCAGGCAGCCGACACACAGGACUUUGGGACCAAACUGCACGAAGCAUUUCAUGAGGUCACCCGGCACCAGUUUCUUCACCACUGCUCAUAUGAAGCGAGGCAGCAUCUGCCCCCAGAGAAUGCAGCACAGAGCGCGGAGGAUGCACGUGACAACAGCUGCCCAGAUCUCGGCACUUCGGGGAUCCGCCGGCCAGUAGGAAAGAGGAGGCUCAAGAGGAACCGCGUCCGCCGGCGCGUGGCGGAGACUCCGGCGUCCCCCGCCGCCGGGGCCUCGGGCCCGCCCCCGGCCGUCCCGAGCGGCGCGGGGUCCCCCGCGGGCCCCCGGAGCCCCGGCGGCAGCGGCGCGGGGCCCGGGCGCGGCCUGGAGGACGCGCUGUGGCUGCAGGAGGUCUCCAACCUGUCCGAGUGGCUGCGCCCCGGCCCCGCGCUCUGA